CUUUUGCUAAUUAUUAUUUUAAUCUCCUAAUUAAUUAAAAUUCCCCUCAUCGUAUAUAUAUAUAUAUAUAUAUAUAUAUACAAAUAAAUUAAUGCGGGAAGGAAAAUUAAAUAUGGCAUAAAAACAUUAUACAGCAUGCACAAGGACGGGGUAGCAUGCAUAACAGCAUCUCUUUUUUGCUCGCUCAACUCAAUCACAAGUGGAUCGAGAAGUUGCAAAAGCCAAAAUACAUAAAGUUGCUCAUAAUUACAUGCAUCAUGUGGAUGUUACGCUGUGGCUGUGCUACUACUUACUUACUUAGGUCCGCUAGCCUAUCAUUCAUGGAAUCAUGGGUGCGUAAUUUAUUAAUUAACUCAACUAAUAAAUAAAUAGAAAUAUAAAAUAAUAAUGAAAUAAAUCAGCUUUGGAAAUUUUACUGAUCAAUAAGUUGCGGGAAGUAGGGCUGCCUCUCCAAUCAGCUGCCCGGGCUUCCCCACUUGAAGCGCAUGCAUGCAGAUUUCCGCGUGGCCGGACGGUCGGGGACAUUUAUGUAUAUUAGCUGAUAUAUAUAUAGAUGGCGUCAAAGUAAUUUUAGGAAGAAAGAUUUGGUGAUCAUUCAAAGUAUCAUUGGAACAAAUUCAAACUAACUGGACUGGAUUGAUGAGCCUGAAAUGCUAUAUAUAAAGAUCGAUCAUUGCCCACCCUUUUCCAGACGUUAAGAUUGCAUUUGGCUAGCUGUUGGAGUUUAAUUAUUAAAACUAUAUGCAUCAGACGAUAUGAUAUCUUGGGUACUUCUGAUAAAAUAUCUAUUAUAUAUUAUAAAUUAAAUUGAAUUUAUAGUAUGAUAAUAUUUCAUAACUUCUAACAAAUAAAUAUGCAGCUCUGAUUAUUAAAUCCAAACUCUAAUAUAAAUUUAAUAAAAAAUAAUAAUUGACAAUUUGUUUUUGAUAAAAUAAUGGACAAUUUUAAUAAUAAUUUCAAAAUAGGACGUAAUAUAUAUAUAUAUAUAUUAUAGAAAGAGAGAGAGGGGGUGUUGGGCCGCGCCGGGGAGGGUUGGAUUGGAAUGGAAUGGUGGGACGAAUCUUACUUUGAUUGUGAAAGAAGAAAGCAUAUAUUCCCCUCUCGAUCGAUCGGCCGACAGCUUGGGUAUUAAUUAAACAAUAAUUCUACAAUGUUUUUCUAACUAAUUCUCCCACGCACAAGCUCUUCAAUUACAUUAUUAUUACUACUUAAUGUUUUUAGUUUUAUGAGUAAUAAUAUGUCAUAGUUGUUAUAAGUUGACGCAGAUUUAGGAACGUAAAGUAUAUCACUAAAAAAAGGAAGAUGUGAUCAAUAAAGAUGAAUAUAACUAGUAAGCUAUAGACUAUAGUUGUGCUUAAAUGUUUGGCAACAUUAAGUAGGUAGCCCUGGAUCUCAUCUCUGGUGAAUGGAAUGGGCACAUGGUGCAUGGGUUAUUAUUUUUGUGGAGAUUUUUUGGAAUUGGUAAGGGGGUUUUACGAGGUUAUUUAUGUGAUACUUCCAAAACGAGAUAUACAUCAAGAAUCGUAGCAGAAAGUAAAAUGAUGGAAGGGGGAGAGGAGUAUUAGAUUUGGAGGACGGGGGAUUGCCAAUGCAUGCCUUGGAGCGAGCGAGCGAGCGAGUACUCACUGCACUGGUGUAUUAUGUCUAUCUAUCUAGCGCAUAGUCGUCAUAGGGUACGGGACAAUCUUCAGUUCCACAAAAGGGAAAAAGACAGACAGAGACAGACCUGUAACCUCUCUCUCCGCCCCCAUACGUUAAUGAUCCCUUCUGCAGCAUGCUUUCUUUUCUUUUCUUUUGCCUCUUCUCUUCUCUUCUCCCUUCUUUUUUCUUCUUUAAUUUGAUGUUACUUUUUACUUUGGUGGUGUAGCUAAAUGCUAAGAUGAUCUCCUGACCACUACUCAUGUCUUCUAGCUACUUGCACGUCUUUUUUGGUGGGAAAAGGGCAAGGGGGCUCAUGGAGUGCAUGGCUUGGCUGCUAAUUAGAUCAUUUCUACAUGUAUAGCUCGCUCUCACUCUCACUCUCACUCUCUCUUACUCUCACCAUAGCAGCUAGUGCGCAAGUAACAACAAGAAACCAUCAUCCUAGUAUAUAAGUAACUCAUGUUGAAGAGCACAACCAGGCCCUAAAAGGAGAACACAUCAUUCUUUAUUUAUUGAUUUAUCAAUCCUAGCUGCUAGCAUGCCCCCUUCUGGCUGCCUUUUGUUUUUGUUGUAUAGUUUAGUUUGUGGGUUUCUGUUCCCUUUCCUUCUUUUCUUUCUAUCUCCCUCCCCUCCUUUUGAUUUCCCUUUAGCAGUAAGUAAUAUACGAAUUCUACAUAUACCAUUUUCUUCAGGGAAAAGAAAAGGCAGAGAAAUAAAAGAAGCUCAAAAGAUAACUACUCCCAAAAAACUAAUCGGCUUAAUUAAUUAGCAUGUUAAUUAAUGCUUACUAAGUUUUGUAUCACAACAAAAAAGGCAGGAUGGGUAACUCGAUGUGUUUGGUCUGUUAAUACUGAUAAUAAUAAUUUGAUUAAGCUAUCUAUCAUUUGUUAUAAAAAGCCAUAAUGUGCUAAUUAAUCCAUCCAUGAGAACCCCAAGUAAUCAGCCUUAUAAUAAUCGAGGAGGAUUAACAUUCCAAUAAUAAGAAAACGUUCAUGGAAUUAACUAGAACUUUUUUUAUUUGAUAACUCAGGGAACCUCAGCCCCACGUGCCUCUUGAGCGACAGCGGGGCCUAUUAAACCACUAGGGGUACCUGCAUAUUAACCGGGGCUUUCUGCUACCAACAUCGGGGAGGUUUUGCCUCCGAUACCAAGGGUGCCGCCGGGUACGCUCAAGUGACACCACUGGGAAUCAACUAGAACUCACUCAUUAGUACUACACUAAAUACUAUAUAUACUUCUUGUUUGGUUUAAGGUUUAAUUGAUUAAUUAAUUAAUGGUGUAUAUAUAGUAAUUAAUUGGUAAUUUUGUUUUUGCAUAUCUAGGGCAUUUGGUCGUACUUGCUUGUUGAAAAGCGACCCCACCAUAAUAAUAAAGACUUUUUAUAUGAAUUGCAUUUUGCACUCUCUCUUGCAUGUCCGUCUUAUUAAGGAGGCAAGAGUGAAUAUCGCAUUUGUUCCUGAAUCUCUCUCGAUCGGAGCCAGCCAGGGCCGGGGCUGCGCAACCCAAGAAGGAGAGAGAGAGAGGAGAAGAGAGAGAAGUAGAAUGUUCCAUGGUCAUGUGAAGAAACCCUCGACAACAACAACAUCCAGUAGUCACAAUACCAACAGCGGCAGUAACGGCGGGAUGAUGAUGAAUUCUUCGCAGCAGCAGCAGCACCACCAUCAUCAUCAUCAUCACAAUCAACACAGUCAUCACCUUCAUGAUCAUAGGGCGGGGGGAGGCGGGGGGAUGUCGUCAUCAUCUUCAGGGGGAGGGGGAGGGUGCCAUGUAGUUCAGCAGCAGCAGGGUGACUCGGGCCUGGUUCUCACCACCGACCCGAAGCCCCGACUCCGAUGGACGGUGGAGCUCCAUGAGCGCUUCGUUGACGCAGUCACCCAGCUCGGAGGCCCCGACAAGGCGACUCCGAAGACGAUCAUGAGGGUCAUGGGUGUGAAGGGCCUUACCCUUUAUCAUCUCAAAAGCCAUCUUCAGAAAUUUAGGCUUGGGAAGCAACCUCACAAGGAGCUCAAUGAUCAUUCUAUGAAGGAUGCUUCCGCAUUAGAUCUUCAACGAAAUUUACCUUCUUCAUCUGGAAUGAUGGGCCGUAGUAUGAACGAUAACUCAAACGUGGUUGAUGGGAUUAGGAUGCAAAUGGAAGUCCAGAGAAGACUGCAUGAACAAUUGGAGGUACAAAGACACCUGCAAUUGAGGAUAGAGGCGCAAGGGAAAUAUAUGCAAAGCAUGCUGGAGAAAGCCUGUCAGACCCUGGCCGCCGGCGAACAUCAUCAGCCCUACAGUAACCCAACAACGACGGCCAAAGCAACAAGUGGCGGUGUUGGGCCAGCCGGAAUUCACGGGGAUCCUCAUGAUCAUCUCCACCACCAACAUCACUUGCACAAUAGUAAUAACAACAGCAUUAAUGCUGAGAUGGUGGUGGGAAUGAAGGACAUAGGACAAGCAGCAGCGCUCAACUUUCCGUCAGUGCAAGACCUCAACAUCUACGGCACCAGCAUUGAUCCAACAGCCUUGCCAUUGCCCUUAAUGAUGCACUCGUCCAACGUACCCAACAGCCUACAUGUCGACGCUGCUGCCCUUUGCCUUGGCUCCAACAACAAGCGCCACAACCCUUACACCAACAGUAAGAGCGGGUCGUCAUUGAUGAUGUGGUCGUCGGCGGAGGAUCUCCGGUUGCAAGAACCGGCGGCGGUCGGGAAUUGCGGGCAGAAGCAGAAGCAGCAACAGGAGGCCGGCGGUGCAACGGACGAGGAGGAGGAGGAGGAUUGUGAUGUUGACGACGAUGAGGAUCAGAUUCAGAUGCAUGAUCAAGUGCAGAUUCACAUGAACAAUCAUCAUCAUCUACAGGAUUCAUUGUACGAGUCGAAGCCCAUGCAACAGCUGAUGGUAGGACAACAACAAGUUGGCGGGGAUCAUCAAGGGUUGUUGUUAAUGGGACCCACCUCCACCACUAUGGAUCAUCAACAUCUCCACCAUAGGAAAUUUGCCACCGGGAAGCUUGAGCAACCCUCGCCGCCGGCUAGGGCUCCCACCAUGUAGCCACCGCUUAUGCCAGCUAGAAAGCAGUACUCCUGCCUACCUAUCCAGCUACAUACACCAUACGUGUCCGUUAGCAAGCCAUCUUUGGGUGGAUCGAGUUUUUUUCUUUCCUUUUUCAUCUUUGAUUUAUCUAGCUAUUUACUUAUCAUUAUAUUAUAUUAUGUAAUGAUGUAUCACAAAUUAUAUAUGUCUUUUCAUAUUUAUAUAUAUAAAGAGAUACCGAGAGAGAGGCGCAUGCAGCUAGUAUCCCAUAUAACCAACAUAUUGAUAUGAUUUGAAUCUGAUUGUUUGCCGUGGAAUGGAAGUUAUGGGGUCUUUCUGUAUCCUAUCCGCUCUCACGGUGUAUGAGGUUAUACACAUUUGGAUUUAUGCUCUGGGUCUAGUCCGUAACCUUAUUAUUUAUCAAAUUGUAUUAGAGUUAGGCCAUCUGAAGAAGUGCUAUAUAUACUUCUCAAUCGCUAUGUAACCUGUAACUUCUCAAGUAUAGUGAAAAUAACUCUCCUACCCAUGGACUAGCUCACACACAUUGCGUUAGUGAAUCAUAUAAAUAUGUGUGUUCUUU